AUGGUUCUCUUGGACAACGAUUUGUUUUUGACGGAGUUGACGCUACUUUUUCGCAAAUGCCGAGGAUCGGGAACUGUGUACAUAGCUUUAAAGAAAUAUGAUGGAAGGACAAAACCAAAACCUCGAAAAGGAAGGCCAGAUCCAUUUGUGCCAUGUGACAACAAAUGCAUUGUAAGGGCAGCAAGUGCAAAGGAGAAAAUCAGCACAGUGGUCAGCUCCAAAGAGGUAAUAAAGUUCCAGAUGGCCUAUACUAACCUGCUGAGGGCACACUUGGAUGGCCUCAAGAAAAGGGACAGAAAAGCUAAGAGCAAAAAGGCAAAGGCCGCCCAGUGAAACGGCAACUUGGAGAACAAAAAGGUGGACAAGACCUUUUGAAACACUUUCUUUAUUUGUUGGAGGGAAAUGGAGACACGACAUUUCAGUAAAAUAUGAAUCUAUUCUUGUUAUAUUAAGAUAGUUAAGGGAGGGACUCCAAGUUAAAAUAAGAGACCUGGACGGGAGUUGAAUAAAGCUUUUUGUCAUGCUUGAUUUUGAUUUAGUGCUUUGUAAAAUAAAAAAUAUUUCAGUGGGGUGCAG